AUGGUCGAUAGGCAAGACCUGGCUGCAGAUAUCCAGGCAUGGGAGAUCCAUCAGGACCCGCUGACAGCUGAAUCGCUUCUCGAACGCCUAUUCGAUGCAGCGGCCGCAACUUUCCACGACCCUGCGAUCUUGCGCUCCAUAGUCCUCGUCCUUGGCGCGCUAAGGCGAUACGACGAAUGUGUUUUAGCUAUGCGAGCAUAUCUACAGAUUUGCCUGCAUGCUUACAAGACGUCUGGCUCUGUUGAUGCGCAGCUCCUUGCAACCACACACCAUGCAGUAACCUUUCUCGGACGAGCUGCUCGCGAGGAUCUCCCAAAAGCAGAGAUGGCACUUGAGUUUGCUCAAACGGUACAAGCUGUUGUCAAGGAUGUGCAUGUGCUGGGCAGGGCUACAUUUCUCUUGUGCCUGCAAGGUCGCAAGCCAUGGAGCGAGUGCAUCUCUCUCCUCUCCCCCUCGUGUGAGCUUGCUCUUGCUCAUAUUGCCCUAGGCUGCAGGCAGAAAGCGCUUGGGGUCAUCAAAGAGCUCCUCAAGCAUUCAAACAACCAAGUCUUGCUGAUACUCGGCAACUUGCUAUGCGCAGAAGAGCAAUAUGACCGCGCCGCCAAAGCCUUUGCACAAGUCACCUCCGGCGAGACACUUUCGCAAAAGCGUCAAGUUAUAUUUGCACAGCUUGCCUUGGUAGAUCUUGUCGCUCAGCUCGACGGUCCUGAUGCAGCACUCGCCAAAGCGAAGGACGUCUUUGUCACAUUUACGCAGCUCUUUGGCGCACAACAAACGACGCCAAGCAUACCCGUUAUUGUAGAGCCGUCGAGGGAUCCGCCACGGUCUCAGCCUGCCAGCAAUCACCGCAGCUCGAGUUUUCAUCUCGGUGCAUUGCGAUCACAACCUUCCUUGCUGCUGCGCAAGUCAGCUUCCAGUCGAUCGCUUGUACAGCGGCAUCGCCACGUCUCAGCACCUGUUCAAUUACAAGAGCUCUUGAAUGCUGUUGAAGAACCUCGAGAGGAAUCACCGCUAGCAACACAGCAAAGAGAAAUAAACGAGCUGAUUGCGUCGUGUUGGCUACGAGUAGCGCGCUACGCAGCGGAGGUCGACGAGCGAGGUGAUGCCCUCCAGGCGUUGUCUGAAGCGCAAACCAUUUCUGGUGCCACUUCUCAAGUCUUGCUCGCUCAGUGUCGCCUCAACAUCAAGCUCGGCAAUGCUUCACCGGCACAAAUAGAGUCUCGCUUUGAAGUCUUGUUGCAGAGAGAUGAUGGCGAUGAGCAUGCUUCGCUCGCCUAUGCUACGUACUUGAUGGACCGCACAGAACCGGCUUAUGCCCGUGCUUACGACCUGCUCGCGCCUUGGACAAGCUAUAAACAAACGCUCGACGCACAAUUAUGGCUCAAAUUUGGGCAGCUGUGUGAAGCACGUCAUGAAACGGAACGCGCACAGGAGGCUUACUGGAGAGCGCUCGAGCUUGCAGAAGUGGAGGGCGUCUUGCCCUGGACUGAGUUACUCUCGGCAUGUGCGUACUGA